CCAGUCACAGCAUGCGAUCAUGUAGUCUCGGGUGCCGGGAACUUGACCUGCAUAGCGUACAAGGUUCACAAAUUAUAAGUACAGGCUACAUGCAGCCCAUAACAGCCAUUCUCCUCAAUUUUCUCUCUAACAAGUUCUCAUAAUAACAAUGAACAACCUGUACACAUCCACCCUCGAUGGCACAGCUCUAGCGAUCCGCCAGUCCGUCGCCGAUUUUUACCAGCGUUGUGGCUUGCAAUAUAAGAAUAUCGCACUUGACGAAGCGUGGUACUCCGAAUGCACUCAGGAAGCCAUCAACCGCGGCUAUCCGAUGGACGCCAUCCUCCCAUACAUGCCCGUUGGCGUAGCCAUAAUGUCCAAUGCUUACAACCACCUCCAAGACCGUGCAACAAAGAUAUGGAUCUGCCUCUUCACCGUCGCAUGCACUUGCGUCGACGACAUAAUGAUCAGGGCGGAAGAUCUAGUGCAUCUGUACUGUUUCAACGAGCGGUUUGCGAAUUGCCAGCCACAUUUGCAUCCAGUUAUGAAUAUGCUUGAUGAGCUCAUGCGGGAGGUCACUUGCCAUUAUUCUGCACCGGUGUCAAAUUUUAUCGUCACGUCCUCGCUUGACUUCAUGACUUCCAUUAUACUUGACAAUGAGACCGAAGACAUGCCGAUCUCGCCGCAGGCUCCCUCGUACCCUGAGUUUUCUAGGAUGCUAUCAGGCUUGUCGGUUACAUACGGACUCUGCAUUUUUCCUUCCACACUCCCGCUUCGGGAAUACGUUCAGUGCAUUCCGGAUCUAUCCAUAGUCAUAAACCACACAAAUGAUAUAUUGUCAUACUACAAAGAGGAGCUAGAAGGCGACUCCGUAAACUACCUAUCGCUUAUGGCAGCAUCCCGUGCUCUCACCAAACAGGACGCUCUCCGUGACCUUAUCGAGAAAACUGUGCAAGCGCAUCACAAUGUCCUCGAAUUCCUGAGACCGCGUCCUGAAGCGUAUAACGCUUAUGUCAGAUUUUUUGAUGGGUAUAUCAAAUUCCAUGCUACCUUGAAAAGGUACAAGCUGGAGGAGCUCAUGUCUGAGAGGUCGUCUUCAUGAUGGAUAUCUUUCUUGUGGUACUUCUUAAUUUUCUGUAUAUUGUUCACAUUUCGAAGUAGAGCACUAGCUAUUAUGUUUAUAUUACUUGUAGCGAUAUACCAUGUCCAUAUCUGCCAGGCGCUAUAAAAUCACCCGUCCCUUGAGCUUUU